CUGAACAACUAACAAAGGUCCUCGCUCAACAAGAACAUGUUAUGAUUCACAACACAAUGACCUGAAAAACACUGACAAGCAGGUAACAGUACACAAUUAUCAUUUGGACUUUGAUUUUACACACAAACCAACAUUUAAUUACAAAACACGGUAUUUCUUUAUAGUAUAGGAAUGAAUCAGAAAUGCUGCAGUGUACUUCAUUGUGCUAUAUUUUUUUGCAGGAUGUAACUGGAAAAUAUUACAAAAUAUUUUUUUGUACAUCUGGUGUUGAGAUGAUCUAAUUCCACAGAGAUGCAAAGUGCAGAGGAGGGGUGGAGUCUCAGCUCAAAGAGUUUAAAUACAUACAAGCUGGAGAAAGUGUUCAGAGUACACACAUGACUGAGAGAGAGAGAAGAGAAAAUAAACAACAUGAGCUUUCUACUGCAAAUUCUUAUCGCUUUGUUUCUCUCUCUGCUUGGGGGACUUUACGUCCUUGGAGCCUUCCGCCGUCGAAGGUCUGGAGAACCUCCUCUGGAUAAAGGUCCUCUUCCAUGGCUGGGACAUGUUCUGGAGUUCAGGAGGGACACGGCGAAGUUUCUAGAGAGGAUGAGAAAGAAGCAUGGGGAUAUUUUCACUGUGCAGCUGGGAGGGUUUUACUUCACUUUCCUCACGGACCCACUGUCCUUCGGCUCGGUGGUUAAAGAGGCCCGGGCCAAACUGGACUUUAAUGAGUUCGCUAAGCACCUGGUCCAGCGUGUUUUUGGCUACGAUCCCUUAGAAGAUGACCACAAGCUCAUUCAGGCAUCCAGCAACAAGCAUCUGAUGGGUGCUGGCCUGGUGGUGAUAACACAAGCCAUGAUGAACAACCUGCAGAACCUCAUGCUGCACAGUAUCAAAUCUGGAAGUGAUGAUGAAAGGCUGUGGCAGGAGGAUGGGCUCUUCGCUUACUGCUAUAACAUCGUGUUCCGCGCCGGAUAUCUGGCGCUUUUUGGAAAUGAAGUAGCCAAGACUUCAGGAAGCGUGGACAAAGCAAAGGAGCUCGACCGAAAGGUGUCAGAUGAGCUCUUUUAUGAGUUCCGUAAAUAUGAUCAACUUUUCCCAAAGCUGGCUUAUGGAGUUCUAGGACCAUCUGAGAAAAUGGAAGCAGAGAGGCUAAAGAGACUUUUCUGGAACGUCCUCUCUGUGAAGAAGGUGAACACCAAGGAGAACAUUAGCGGCUGGGUGUCUGAAUCACAGCAGAUGCGUGCCGAGCGUGGAAUGCAUGAGUCCAUGCAGGACAGACACAUGUUCCUGCUCCUGUGGGCGUCCCAGGGUAACACAGGUCCCGCUUCAUUCUGGCUUCUCCUCUUCCUCAUGAAGCACCCGGAGGCCAUGAAGGCGGUGAAGAGCGAGGUCGAUGAGGUUCUGCGUGAAACCGGACAGGAGGUGAAGCGUGGUGGCCCGCUGAUUAACCUGACUCGAGACAUGCUGCUCAAAACCCCGGUUCUGGACAGCGCCGUGGAUGAGAGUCUGCGAAUGACGGCUGCUCCCGUGCUCACACGAGCCGUUCUGGAGGACAUGAGCCUGAAAAUGGACAAUGGGCGCGAAUACAAGAUCCGCAAAGGUGACCGUGUGGCCCUCUUCCCCUACACUGCUGUCCAGAUGGACCCGGAGGUGCACCCUGAUCCACACACCUUCAAGUACAACCGCUUCCUCACACCUGAUGGUGGAAAAAAGACCGAAUUCUACAAAGGAGGAAAGAAAGUGAAGUACUACAACAUGCCGUGGGGUGCCGGGGUCAGCAUGUGUCCUGGGAGGUUCUUCGCCGUCAACGAGCUCAAGCAGUUCGUCUUCCUCAUGCUCACAUAUUUUGACUUUGAGUUGAAGAACCCAGAUGAAGAGAUCCCAGACAUCGAUGUGAGGCGGUGGGGAUUCGGGACCAUGCAGCCAACACGUGACAUCCCAUUCAGAUACAGGCUCAGGUUUUAGACAACACAAAUGUUUAUAUUACUAACCUUUUACACUUCGCCUGCAUGCUAGGUCAGUGCUUAUUAUUAUUAUUAUUAUUAUUAGCAGCUCAGGUAAUCAUUUGUAGAACAUCUUCUGCAUCCAACUUCUUUAAUGCAAACAAAUUAUUAUUUCAAUAAGAAAAACAACAAAAUGUCUUUUUAUCAUAUUCUAAAUCAUGUUUAAUGAAAGUCUCAGCCAAAUAAUCUUUCCUUAUCGGUGAUCAAGAUGAACUGUAAACAUUUUCCCUAGAUUAGGCAAUUUCCUGCUUCAGUCUGUAUAUAAAUGCUAUAAGAUUUGAGUUUUAUUUUGAUCUGUUCUAUCGAAAGAAGUUUAAGUUUUGGGAUGAAUAAAGAUCACACUAUUAUUAUUGCUCUAGAUUUUUAUUAUAAAUAUGAUUGGGAAAAGGUGAAAUACUGACUUUGCACUAAGCAAGAUUGUAAACUAUCUGUUUACUUAUUAAUUGCAUAAUAUGUGUGUGAUUAUGCAAAUCUCACACAAUUUACAAAGUGUGAAACGGUUCAGAAACUCAGUUCUAGCAUCAGAUGCUCUGAAUA